CCCCCAGCAACUGACAAGGAGUCCCGACGGAGUGAGAGGAAUUCGCUUCACCGACGACGCAGAUUGUUUUUCCCUCUGCGCUACAGUUCACUGCGCGCCGCCCAGUGUUGCUGCUGCUGCUGCUGCUGCUGCUGCUGCAUUUACAAUGACACGCCACGCAUCGUGAUCGGCACGGCUUUGCGGGGCUGCAGACACGCCGACCGCGUAGCCGCGCUCGUAGACUGGAAUUCAGCGUCGUUCCGACCGGCCCUGCCCUCGUGCACGCUGCUUUCUGCGCAGUUCUCUCGUCACUCGCUAAAGUGAGGGGCCGACGCCGAGCGGCCCGCCGCGAGCCCUUAUGACAGCCGCGGUGCGUUGAAGGGUGAAGCUGUGGGCCGUUUCCCUUGCUGUCUGUGCCAAGAUUUGUGCUCUGCGGCAACGAGGACGUCGCGAUGGGUCAAGUGCUCCAGAAAGUCCACGGUUCAAAGGAACCCAAGGUGUCGUGUUUUCGACGCAAGAAGCUCCUCUGCGAGUUCAACACUUUUUAUGACCUUAACAAGGAUGGCGUCAUAACAAUCGACGAUUUCAACCAAGCCAGGCUGCACAUCUGCAGGCUGAACGGCUGGAAGGAGGGAUGUCCGAAGUUCGACAAGACAAAGGAGCUCUUCGAUGAAAUAUGGACGCUGCUUAGGGAGGAUGCCGACUGCGACUCGGACGAAAGGAUUACCUCCGAAGAAUGGAUAAAGCUUUGGGAACGUCGCACAAAGCUAGAAAGCCAGGACCAGGAAGAAGGUGCGCCGAAAUGGCUGGUCACUUACCUCUGGUUCCGCUUCAACAUGUACGAUAGGACAGGAGAUGGCGUAAUAGACAGCGACGAAUUUAGCUACGUACUGGAGGACUUCGGCAUACCCCAGAAGCAGUCCAGGCAAUGUUACCUAAUUAUGACUGAGAACGACACAAGGAAGUUGGACUACGACUACUUCUGCGAACUUGCCGAGGAGUACCUGACUUCAGAUGAUGAGUGUGCACUCGGCAACUUCAUCACAGGAAGGCUCGACUUUCGUCAUUGACUCUAAUUUCGCCUCAGUUCUCA